ACACUGGCAACAACAAAAGAAAAGAGAAAAAAACGCGUAGAAGGGAAGUUGGAAGUUCAUUUAAUUAACCAAAUUCGCUGUAAAUGCGUUAACAUAACAUGGAUGAUGUCCCGGUCAAGAUAGUUGAACGCUAUAAACCUCCGCCACCCGUCUACCAGCUGCCACAAUCGACUGUGAACCGACUGGGACAAUACAAAGAAAACUACUACGAAGAUCAGCCUGACUGCCAAUAUGACUUCCAACUGGAGCGUGCCGUUCUGGGCAAGGCGCACCGUUGGCAACAGCUGCGUCAACAGCUGAGGCAGGAGCGUGAGAAGCGUCAGGAAGAACGCAAGGUGGCGCGCCAGCGUGAGGUGGAGGCCAAGCAGAAGGAAAUGCUCGGAGCUGUCGACUACCCCAGUGCCGAUGACUUGUCAUCCUCCGAUGACGAGGAGAAGGUUGAGGUGUUGGAAGAUAACGAACAACAACCGACGCAUCAGCGAUACCAGCCAGUGCCGCAACCAUAUGAAUCACCCGGCAACGACUCCCAAUCCCACGAAUCAAAGUCAAUAAUCUUGUGCAAUUUCCACAACAUUUUGCAGCCGACGAUCCUGAGCACGGCACCAGUGGCCAUCGCCCAGACUUUGCACAAGCGCAACAAUUCGCUAAACUAUGCCGACUUCGAGUACAACAUGAACUCGACGCCCUUUGAUAAUAUUGAGUUGAAGACCAUCAACGAUUUGGAUGUGCUCGCUCAGGUGCUGCAUCAGACCAAGCUGCAAGAACAGAAUGAGCAACGCCAGCAUCAGCUGCAAGUGGAACAGGUUGAGAAGGGGGAGCAGGAUCGGCAGAAGGAGGAGCAGGAUCAAUUUCAGGAGCCGAAAACGAUGCGAACGUCUGCGGAGCUGACUGUAACGACGUUGGCGGAAACCAAAGCGACUCUCGACAGCGUCAAUUUCCAUGUUCACUGUGAUGAUGCCCACAAGCAUGAAGAUAGCAACAUUCCUGCCAAUGGUCGUGACCAUGCGCAAACUGUAAUCACGUCCCUCUAUCAGACGCCUCUCUAUGGAGUUUUCCAGCAGCAGCAGCAGCAGCAGCAAAUCCAGUCCCAGCCACAGCAACAGCAGCAACAGGAACAGGAGCACUACCAGGUCUAUCAUAUGCAAGGCUACAGCAAUUCCUAUAGCUAUCACCAACAGCAACAGCAGCAGAAGCAGCAUCAGGUCUACCACAAUCAGAAUAACUAUUAUGCUAAUGGCUUUGGCACCCCUAAUCAUGUGAUGCCGUCGCCAUCUGUCGUGGCUUUGAGCCAGGCAGAGGCAGAGGCGGCCACCAAGUCCAAGAGUGUUCCCGACAUCCUGCGGGAGCUAAAAACAGAGCUGCAGCAGGCAGAGAAACGCCGAACCCGCCUACACAGUCACAAUGAGGAUCAGCAGCAACAGCAGCAGCAUCAAAAUCCACAUCUGCCAUUAAGUGUGCCUCAGCGAAUGGAGCAGAAUGCCUUCGGAGAGCUGGCUGGGCCGGCACAGAAGCUGGUGAAACGCAUUAGCGGCAUGGGAUUUCCCCUGGAGCGUGUGGCCAAGGUUGUCAAUCUCUGUGGCAUCGACGACAAGAAGAUAAUCGAACACCUCAUUCCCCUGGGCGAGCUAAUGGAUCUCGGCUUCGAUGAAACGAAAAUCUCGGCGGCGCUUCUCAAGUUCGACAACAACAAGGACAAGGCGCUGGACUAUUUAAUCAACUAGUAAACAAAUUGCAAGCUCGAACGCCACUUACCGAAAGCCAUCCUGUCAUACCUAUUCCAAGACAACCGCAACCCAAUAGGCGCCAGACUCUGUUAAAUAUGUUUUUAGUUAAAUGAGUGCAAGUUCUCUUGAGAUAUUCGCUGCAUAAGGUGAGAGAGGGAGAGGGUGUGCAGCAGGGAGGAAGGGAGGGCGAUAAGUUAAACCAAAUCAAAGAAAGCUAAUGCUAAACGCCUAAA